AGCGAGAUAAGAGAUAUAUAACGAAGAGAUUUGUUUUUGAUUGUUAUCAUAGCUUUUGGUGAACUAGUCAUUUUCAUGACAAUUAAUAACACACUAGAUACAUAUGCGGAUAAAUAUACGUGUAAUCAAAUCUUCUACAUGAGUUCAUCAAUGCAUCUUCCUGGUUAAACCCCGGAGAGCUCAACAUUUAUAGCAUUCUUGUCGCUAAAUGUUCAUCUGAAUGAUAGAAAAUCAUACUUAAAGUUGUUUUGGAUUGUGAUUAUCACGAAAAAGGACAAAUCUGAAACACAUUUCUGAAUAUUAAUCAGCUGAGUAAUUCAAAGGAUAUCCUGCACACAUGCAUGUUGAAAAAAAAUUCAGUUCAUAUGAUAUAGAUCAUAAAUAUGAUUACUUCCGCUUCUACUACUUUUUGAUAUAUAUGCAAUAACUGUCUCAUCAUAACUUUAGUUAUGUCACAUACAUCAAUCAUAUAUAAAAAUGUAAAUAAAGUUGAGUUGAAAAAACGUAUUUCCCUGAAUAUUAUCUUAGAUCAAUCUAUCCUACCAGUAUGCUAUAGCGGAGAAUUGAUCACAGGAUGUGUAGUCUUAGAAACUAAGGAUGUCCUGUGUGUUCAGAUUUUACAAAUUGAACUACUUGGAAGAGCAGUUGUUGUCGCACCAAAAAACUUGACAUUAUCUAAAGGCUGUACAAAAGGAUGGACAAAAGAAAGAAAAUCCUUACAGGAAAAUUUUACAUCCUAUGAAGGUGUUGGUUGUAUUGUAUCAGGGAUUAAUGGACCGGUUGACCCAGAAGUAUUACAAGAUCGUUUAAAAUGUAAAUCUAUGAAGGGAUUUGACAAAUUGAUGCCAGCAUUUCAAACUGUCAAUGAAGAAAUUUAUUGUUCUGUGAACUCAAUCCUAAUAGGAGGAGCUGUUUCUGGAAACUGUGAAUUGGUAUUGGCUGGUAAACGAUAUUAUCCAUUCGAAUUUGAAUUGCCCGAAGUUUGUCCAUGUUCAUUUGUAGGAUCACGAGGUAGUGUUGAAUACAGACUGAGAGUAUAUUUAUUACUUUCAAAUGGAGAUCAAUUAUGUGUCGACAGAGGAUUAAGAGUUAUACGCAAAAUGACGGUAAACAAAACGAUGUUAAUACCAGGGACAUUAGCAUGUCCACCAAUCAGUAGAAACUAUAUGAGUAGUUUUGAUGAAUUUACCUCCACUGGAAGUAAAGUAAUGUUUACAAACAUAUCAAAAAAGCAGUCAAAAUUAUCAAGGGUAUUUAAAAAUGAUACUGAAAGUAUUUUAAAUGAAUAUGAUAAUAGUGAUCAACAAUUAAUUGAAAAAAGUUCACUGUUAACAUCUACAUAUGCAAGUGAAUAUAUAACAGAUCGUUUAUCAUCGUUUUUGCCAAGCGCAUAUUCAAAUGUUGAUUUAAAUGAUACCACUAAGUUGAUGAAAUAUCCUAUGGGUUCUUGUUUGAAUGGUUCCCGUGGAAGUAAUCCACAUUUGAGUUCAUUGUGUUCAGCACAAGAUGACACUCAACACAGAAUGACAGAAAAUAAGGAAAUUUUUAGUGUGAAAUCACUGUGUAAACUUCCUUCUGAUUUAACAAAAAAGGCUAGAAACGUGUUACUCAACUCAUCGCAUAAAACAACAUUGACUUUACAACGAUGCAGUGAUAAUCCAUUCCCCUUACCUUCUUCCUGGUUAUCUCGUCCCUGUGGUUUAGGAUAUGGUACAUAUCCACGUACAUGCUUUGGUGCUCAAACAGGUUAUCCAAUUUCUUGCAGACUGACAGUUAGUCAACGACAACUAUUUCCAGGCAGCCGAUUGACAGCGUGUUUAAAUUUACUUAUCGAAGAUCCAUUCGCACUUUUACUAGCUCCAUCUUUGAAUAACAACUCGUAUGAUUUGAACUGGUGCGCAAAGUUCAGCACAAAGACUAAAUCGUAUAAAAAAGAUUUAUGGAGUCCAUUGGCAAGAGCGUUUGUUUCAUAUUACUUAGAGGACAGAAUGCGGCAGACUUUCAAUGACGAAGGGAAAGAAGUCAAUGAACUUUGUUGGUCAGGAUUUAAUAAGCAACUACACAGGAUAUUUUUGAUUUUACGACAGCAUAACUGGUUCUGUCGAAAAUCAUUCAAUAUUCUCUCACUUCAAUACCGUAUAUGUGUUAUUUGCGUAUCUCCAUCAUCUCUUGGGAUCAGGAGUAAAUUUCCGAGAAGCCAUUUCUUUCCAGAUAUCCAUGAAUAUAUCUACCACUAGUGAAAAUAUUGGCGAUUUCAUAGUAAUGAAAUGUGUAUGAAAUAUCAUCCAGUAGAUAACACUAUUUUAUUGUGUGAAACAUUCAACAAGCAAAUUAACAUGGAAUAGAAGGUCCAACUUUACAACAAAAGUAUAGAAGCAAAACCUCUAUAUUGAUGACCAUAUGUGAAGAAUAUCAUUACACUGGGCUUGAAAAACCAAUUAAAGAUCAUCAGAGUUAAUCAAUUGUUCAAAAUAUUCUUUUCUUGUGUUUAGGUGAUAACUUACCGAGACUGGACCAACCGCGUUAUUGCUCAAGAAGAACGAGAUAUCUACAGAGGAGAAAUGCAAAAGCGCCAAACAUCCGAAAAACAUGUCCUGAGAGUCAUUUUAGAACAUUCUUUUCAAAUACCUCCCUUACCACCGACUAGUUUGGAAGGUUGUUCAUGCAUUGAUGUUGCAUAUAGUCUCGGAUUAGUUAGUUUCAAAUUGAAAAGGCUGAAAACGUCACUCAAAUCAACCAAGUGGAUUUUAGAUAAUAAUAUCAAGUCAGUUAUACCAGAUAAAUCCAUAGAGUUUAUUUAUAUGCAUGAAACUUAUGGCAAAGGUGUUGGUACUUACGAAGCCUUGUCAAAGAAACCUCAAGUCAUUACAUUCCAACAGAGCAAACACGGUAAAAAGAAGGAUUUUAGACGCUUUUCUCAUGUUCAUCAUGACCUUCUAUUACCUAUCCCUAUAGUCAUUGGUACCACCAAUACCAAUCAUAAAGAUGGUAGAAUAGCGGGGUCAUAUGAAUUAUUUGAAGCACCAAAUAAAUCAAAUCCUUUAAUUGGUUCUGUAUUCUAUAUGCAGUGGCCUAACAGUUAUCAAAUGGGAAGCUUACCACCAAUAUAUCAGUGUAUGAGAGAACAUUCUGAAAUAUACCAAGAUGGCAGUAUUCAAACCAUUAAUCCAACUGAAUUAUUAAAUCUGAGUCAAAUGAGAUCACUAAAUGGAACAAUACAAUCAAAUGUAAGUAAUAAUACAGAUUCUCAAGAUCUAAAACAAUUCACCGAUAAUGAAGAUGAUGAUCAUAACUUUGAAACCUUUUUCCAAAUCAAUAAGAAGAGGACAUCUUCCAAGCAAGCAGAGACAGCUAGCAGGAAAACGAAUAGUUCAAGUUUUAGCGUUAAUCAAACCAUCAUUGGAAAGGAGAGAAGUAUUUAGGCUUAUUUUACAAUAGAAACCGCUAAUGUAUAACAGACAAACUUGUCCACAAUAGUUUUUUUAAAAGACAGUACUCUUUCCUCUUUUACUGUGCAAUAUAUAGUUUAUUCCUUUUGACUAUGGUUAAUGAAUUUUGCCUACACGAACUUUACACCACUCCACUGUUAUCCAUGGUGAAUGAUUGUUUUUCUAAAUAAUAAGAAGCCAAUACUUGUGACUAACAUUAUUUUCGUCUUUGAAAAUGUUUUUUUUACUCUGUGCAGUACAAAAGGCAACUUUUAACUAAGUGCUUCACACCAUCCACCUAACUAAAAGUCAUUUGAAGUAAAACGUUUCUGUGUGAUAAGGAAAUAAUAUGGUGAUUCUCUGACUCGUGAAUCCUUAUGACGGCAGAAAAUGCUGCGUGUAUAUUCCAACAAACCAGCAGAAAUGAUAUCUACAAAAGUAGUAUAUUUGUAUUACAAAUGAAGCCAAUAUCUUGUGUAAUGUUUGGAAAUAUUACUCAUAUACUUUUGCACAGUGUAGUUCUGAGACAUUUACCGAAAUGUCUAACUUCAAUAGAUUGUUAAGUAUUCAGUUACACUAUUUUUGUUAUUUUGAUGAAAUAUUUCAAACUUUGAGAUUCUGAGGAAUAAAGAAUAAAUGAUUGCCUGUUUAAUAAAUUUUCCACAAUUUUCUGAAAAAAUCUUGAGCACAUUUGUGACAGAAGAUGAAUUUUAAAAAAAGGCAACAUCCCUAAUUGUUCUUCUUCAGCAGUUUACUGUUAACCUAUCCACUGUUGUCUCUGAUCACAGUUUUCAUAUGCAUGUUAUGUAAACAUUUCAGCCAUAGACUGUGAUAUCUUCAUGUGUCAUUAUAUUUUUUAGGCUUUUUAAUGCGCAUUAUAUAUUCGGGUUGGCUAUUUCACUUACAAAUAUAUACAUAAAAAUAUUUGUUUGUGAAAUG